AUGGCAUCAAAGCGUCACUUUAGCAUCACCAAAGCGGGUUUGGAUCAGAUAAGUGACAGCGACAGCGACACAGAGCCCCUCGCAGAAUUGAGCGACAGCGAUAGCGAUUCGUGGAAAGAUUCAUCAUCCGACUCUGACACUGACCAGAGAAGUGGCGACAGCGACGAAUCUGCACUUGAGCUCAGUGAGGUGCGCUCUUGGUGUCCUAUUGAUUGCGGUAUGGAUGCAGUACCACCGCCAAGAUUCCCGUUUACAGGAUCGCCUGGGAUGAAGGUAGACGUUGAUCACAAUGAUCCUUUGGCGUACCUAAAAUUAUUUCUGACUGAUGACGUCAUUGAAAAGAUUGUCACGGAGACAAACCGCUACAAAGAGCAGCAAUCCACUACUCUGCACAGCAAGUUUUCCAGAACCAGAAAAUGGGAACCAGUGAGUAAGGAGGACAUAUGGAAAUUUCUGGGGCUAAUACUUCUUCAGGGGGUGGUGGGGAAACCCCUGCAGAAAUGGUACUGGACUACCAAUAAAUUGCUGGCAACCCCAUUUUUUGGCACCAUCAUGUCCGAGUACCGAUUUUCCCUCAUAAUGAAGAAUUUACACUUCACCAACAAUGAGGAAUUUGACGAAGCCACACAUCCAGCGCCAAAACUGAAGAAGAUCUGGGAAGUAUUCCAAAUGAUCCUAACCAUUUUCCAGCAGGCCUAUGUGCCAGACAGAGACAUCAGCAUUGAUGAAAGUCUGAUGGCUUACAAAGGACGCCUCAGCUGGAUUCAAUACAUCGCAUCCAAGAGAGCGCGGUUUGGAAUAAAAUCUUAUUUGCUCUGCGAGUCUACAACUGGCUAUAUAUGGAAUUCCAUCAUAUACACCGGCAAAGGAACACAAUUCAACCCCAGGUACAGCGGCUAUGGGAUGGCAACGUCAUCAGUCCUUUCACUGCUUGAACCAUUGCUCAAUCAGGGGUAUUGUGUUACAACAGACAACUUUUACACGUCGCCUGAGCUGUACGAGUUUCUACUAAAAAACAAGACUGACGGAUAUGGAACCGUUAGGGCCAACCGACGUGGCCUGCCAUGUAUGUUUUCCAAAAAAAAACUGAAAACAGGAGAAAUGGUGGCCUGGCAGAAAGGAAAGAUGAAGGCAAUGCGUUGGCGUGACAAAAAAGACGUGUGCCUAAUGAGUACAGUACAUAACACCUCCACUACCACGGUCCACACAAGAGGUGGGAAAGAUGUCAUAAAGCCACAACUUGUGAUCGACUAUAACAACACCAUGGGAGGAGUCGAUAGAGCCGAUCAGGCGAUGACAUUCUAUCCAGCUAUGCGGAAGCAACAAUAA